UUUAUACUAGGGUUUUUAUUUUUUGAGAUGUGUUCAGAUUUUUUGUUUAUUUCGCACAUAUAUAUAUUUGGAAUAUUUCAGUAUUGAUAAAUUCUUUUCCUUUAUUUUUCCCUCUUAAACUCCUUCCUCGUCAACUAAAGAAAAAUGUACAGGCUUUCAAGAAAAUCAUUACCUAUUUUAAGCCGUUCCAACAUGGGCGCGGUUUUUUACUCAACAGCCAAAAUUAAUGGACCAGUCAUAGGUAUCGAUUUAGGUACUACAAAUUCAUGUGUAGCCGUCAUGGAAGGAAAAAACCCACGAGUUAUCGAAAAUGCCGAAGGCGCACGUACCACUCCUUCAGUUGUUGCUUUUACCAAAGAUGGUGAACUAUUAGUUGGUCAGACAGCUAAGCGUCAGGCUGUAGUAAAUCCUGAAAACACCAUCUACGCAACAAAACGUCUUAUUGGGCGAAAGUUUACUGAUGCUGCCGUUCAAAAAGAUAUCCCUAGUGUAUCUUACAAGAUUAUUGCUCAUAGUAAUGGUGACGCAUGGGUUGAGGCAGCGGGGAAAAAAUACUCUCCCUCUCAGAUUGGUGCUUUUGUGCUUGGCAAAAUGAAGGAAACAUCUGAAGGCUUUUUAAAUAAAAAGGUGAAGCAUGCUGUCAUUACUGUGCCAGCUUAUUUCAACGACUCUCAACGUCAAGCAACAAAAGAUGCUGGAAAAAUUGCGGGAUUGGACGUCAUGCGUGUCAUCAACGAACCCACUGCAGCUGCCUUAGCUUACGGUCUCGAUAAAGUAGGGGAUAAAACAAUUGCUGUUUAUGAUUUGGGUGGCGGUACUUUUGAUAUAUCUAUCUUGGAAAUUCAAAAUGGCGUUUUCGAAGUCAAAUCCACAAAUGGUGACACGGCUUUAGGUGGUGAGGAUUUUGAUUCUCACCUUGUAAGAUACGUUGUGGAGGAAUUUAGAAAAGAGUCUGCUGGUUUGGACCUCUCGAAAGAUCGUAUGGCCAUUCAACGUAUUCGUGAAGCUUGUGAAAAGGCCAAGAUCGAGUUGUCCUCUACUGUUCAAACAGAUAUUAAUCUUCCAUACAUCACCGCUGACGCAACAGGCCCCAAACACAUUAACACCAAAUUGACACGAUCCAAAUAUGAAUCUUUAGUAGGUGAUUUAAUUCAAAAAACUAUCUCCCCUUGUGAGAAAGCUGUUAAAGACGCUGGUAUUUCAAAAAGCAGUAUCGGCGAAGUCAUUUUGGUAGGUGGUAUGAGUCGUAUGCCUAAAGUCAUUGAAACUGUCAAAGCCACAUUUGGAAGAGAUCCUAGUAAAUCCGUAAAUCCAGACGAAGCUGUUGCAUUGGGUGCUGCUAUUCAAGGUGGCGUGCUUGCAGGUUCUGUCACCGACAUCUUGCUGCUAGAUGUCACACCUCUUUCAUUAGGUAUUGAAACACUUGGUGGUGUCUUUACAAGAUUGAUCAAUCGUAACACAACUAUCCCUACAAAGAAAUCACAAGUCUUUUCUACCGCCGCUGAUGGUCAAACACAAGUUCAAAUCCGUGUAUUCCAGGGUGAACGUGAAUUAUGUAAAGACAAUAAGUUAUUGGGUGACUUUAACUUGACUGGUGUACCACCAGCUCCCAAGGGUGUUCCCCAGAUUGAAGUAGAAUUUGAUAUUGAUGCCGAUGGUAUUGUCAAUGUAAAUGCCAAGGACAAGGCAACUAACCGGGAUCAGUCAAUUACAAUCGCUGCUUCAUCUGGUUUAAGUAGUGAUGAAAUUGAAAAGAUGGUGCAAGACGCCGAAAAGAACGCCGAAGCUGAUCGUGCUCGACGUGAUACAAUCGAAAUGGCCAAUCGCGCAGAAUCCAUCAUGAGCGAGACCGAAAAGGCAAUGGAAGAUUUUAAAGAGCAAGUGGAUAAAUCUGAAUCAGAAAAAUUAAAGGAGCAAAUUGAAGCUUUGAGAGCUGAAACUGUCAAGGCCCAAGCUGGUGACACAGAUGUACAACCCGAACAUUUGAAGGAAAAGAUUGAUCAACUUCAACAAACAUCAUUGAAGCUCUUUGAAAUGGUCUACAAGAACAGAGCCCAGCAAAACGAAGGUAAUGAUAACAACAACAACAACAACAACAACAACAAUCCUCAAUCAUAA